AUGUGUCUAAUUAUUCCUGGUGAUUUGCUUGCCGUUGGGCUAGAUGAUGGUUCUAUCUUUAUCCACUGUUUAUCUUCGAGAAAGGUCAAAGAAAAGCUGGAGGGCCACGAUCAGAAAAUAACCUGCCUAGCAUUUUCUCGCUGUUUUAAUGUCCUUGUCUCAUCUGACUCUGACGGAAAGCUCUGUCUUUUGAGCAAAAAGAGCUGGGUCAAGCUGACGAGUAAGAACUCUACGCAUAAUUGUUGCACCCGGUCUAACCUUGUGUCAAUCUCUUUAGUAACUCACAUCCAGUUUGACCCAUAUCAAAUUGAGAUACUCGUGGUCCAUGAGGGGUGGAUAGGUGUACACGAUGCUCGAAGUCUUGAUUGCCGUGUGCAGUGGAUACCUGAUGAAUCUGAUACUUCAAUAACUUCUGCUACAUAUUCUUCCGAUGGUGAGACUAUCUAUGUUGGCUUUGGGAAUGGUUUCAUAAAAAUUCUGGACUCCAAGACCUUCGUGACGAUAUGUCGAAUUAAUCUGACUUCUGUUGCUCAACCCAGCCCCAGCAACAUCAGGCCCGAAGUUUAUCCGACUGUCAUUGCUGCUCAUCCUUCACAUCUAAGUCAGAUCUCUGCUGGGCUCAGUAAUGGUAAGGUCAUCGUUCUUCAGCCGUUGUGGAGUAGAGGAUGGGGUGAAACAGCUCCACCUGAAGACGAUGGAGAUUAUCCUGAUGACUCAGAUCAUAGUUACUGACCACAAAAGUUGUCUUAGUUUUCUGUAUUUAUCUCUGAGUUUACUGAUCUUUUUGGAUGUAACUGAGCUUACUGCUCUUUUUGUAUGCAAUUGUGCUUAGUUCUUACUGCCCUUUUUUGUCUAUGUACGUAAUUCGUAAUUAUAUGUCUUUUUGUGUA